AUGUCCGAGGAGUUUGCUGCUCUCCGUCACACUAACACCUGGGUGUUGGUGCCUCGGCCACCUGGUGUUAAUAUUGUGAGCUGCAAGUGGAUUUUCAAAACCAAGCAUCAUAUGGAUGGGUCUAUUGAUAAGCACAAAGCUCGUCUUGUUGCUCGCGGUUUCACUCAACAACAUGGGAUUGACUACGGAGAUACUUUUAGCCCGGUGGUGAAGCCUACCACGGUUCGCUUGGUUCUGUCUCUUGCUGUGUCUCGUGGUUGGAUCCUUCGACAGAUUGAUGUGAGCAAUGCCUUUUUACAUGGGUUCUUGGCCGAAGAUGUGUACAUGCAGCAGCCACCUGGGUUCGAGGAUGCCACUUAUCCCUCUCAUGUCUGCAAACUUCAGCGGUCUAUUUAUGGUCUAAAGCAGUCGCCUCGUGCCUGGUAUGCUCGUUUGAGUCAGCGCCUUUCGCAGCUCGGUUUUGUUGCCUCUAGAUCAGAUGCAUCUCUGUUCAUCUUCUCCCAGGGUAAAAUACAAAUAUACAUGCUGGUGAAAGUUGAUGAUAUUGUGAUUGCUGGCUCUACCCCCGCCGUGGUGGAUCGUCUUGUGCAGUCAUUGUUUGCUAGCUUUCCCAUCAAAGAUUUGGGUCGCCUCGAGUACUUUCUUGGUUUGGAAGCGUCCUUUCAUUCAGGGGGCAUGACCUUGAUGCAGAAAAAGUAUGCUUUGGAACUUCUUCAUCGCGUCAACAUGGAGAACUGCAAGGCCACUUCCACUCCGCUUGCUACUUCCGAGAUGAACAAAGUGUGUCAGUUCCUGUCACAGCCAACGGAGGAUCAUUGGGAAGCAGUCAAGCGUAUUCUGAGAUAUGUCAAAGACUGGGCAGGCUGUGUUGAUGAUAGGCGCUCCACUGGUGGUUUUGCUAUAUUUGUUGGACCUAACCUUAGUGGUUUUUGCCGGUGGUUUUGCUUGCGUGGCCCUGGACCAUUGCCACGUUGGCUUGCUGAGGGUUACUCCAGGGACAACCAUGAAGAAUCUGCAGAGAUGACUGGGGAGAAGCAGUUCCACUUCCACGACCUCUUUGAUCUGAGUAUAAUUCAGCAGCCAACUGCGCUGAGUUUGGGUGACACAAGGAUGGCCUUUUGCCAAGUCAAUGGCUUCUUCCGUGAAUACAUUGCCUCACGCCAAAUGGAAGAGAAUCAUGUGUUUGAACUUACAGGCGGCAAUAGUGCAGUAACCACCCAACGCACAGGGCGUCACCUUGUGAUAUCAGAAAGCUGGGUCAGAGAUAGAGUUGUGUUUGAGAGCACUGACUUCUCUCGGCUCCGGUCACUAACAGUGUUCGGAAGAUGGAAAUACUACUUCCUUUCUGAAAAUAUGAAGCUGCUUCGGGUGCUUGAUCUAGAAAAUGCAUCAGACGUAGUGUAUAGAGAUCUCGAGAAGAUGGUGAAGUUGAUGCGUCGCCUCAAGUUCCUCUCACUGCGAGGAUGCGGUGCAAUCCACGAUCUGCCAAGUUCGGUAGGUGAUUUGAGGCAGCUCCAGACUCUAGAUGUCAAAUACACCUCCAUAGUCACUCUCCCAGCCAACAUCAUCAAGUUACGCAAGCUGCAGUACAUCCGUGCAGGCACCACCUCUGCAGCCAAAAAAUCACCCACACCAAAUCAUGUAGUGCCCCGGCUGUCCAAUUUCUCAAGUGGUCGUCACCUAGUUGGUGUUGCUGUACCUCGAGAAAUCGGGAAGCUGACAGCGCUGCACACGCUUGGUAUUGUGAAUGUCAAUGCUUCAGGGUAUAAGGUUAUCCUAAAAGAAAUCCAGAAGCUCAACCACUUGCGCAAGCUCGGGGUGUCUGGGAUCAACAAGAAUAACAGCAAGAGGUUUUUCCUUGCAAUCACAUAUCUUGUCCAUCUGGAAUCACUGUCAGUGCGGCUCGAGGACAACAAUGAAGAUUGUUUCGAUGGUACGGAGCUGCCUUUGACAAGCCUGCAGAGCCUGAAAUUGUAUGGGCUUGGAGACCGGUUGCCAAACUGGAAAUCGCAACUCACCAUGCUCACAAAGAUGGAUUUGGACAUAGCCAGACUGACAGAAGAGCAUGUCUUCCCCCUGUCGGAUGUGCUCACACCAGAAGGAAUAAGGAAACCGACUAGGGGGGUCAUCAAUUUCCUUGGCGAGCUACCAAAUCUGUGCAUUCUCCGUCUUGGUGUUAAGCAGCUUCAAAAUGAUGAGCUCAAUGUGUCUAUCAUUACAAAUGACCCGGAGGAAUACUCUUUCAAGAAAAUGAAGAUCUUUGAGAUUACCUGCAGCUCCAGUUCCAGCUCGAAAGUUACUUUCGGAGAGAAGACGAUGAAAAAACUUGAGCAGCUGACGGUUGACUUCUGCAGUGGCUCCGAGUUCUUUGGCCUGAAGCAUCUACGUGAUCUCAAGGAAGUCCUGCUCAAGGGUUCCAGCUGUGACGAAGCACUCAAGGCUGAUCUCGUCGCAAAGCUUGAGAACCACCCAAAGAAAAUGAAACCUGUUGUGAAGAUGGAGGAGCCUCUUCGUCCUGUUGAGUCAGGGAGUUCCAGGCGGUCAGAAAUUUUGCUUGAUGAUACUAGCCUGUCGCAGUCAGAUGAUGAGUGGCAUCUGUACCCGUCGUUUCAUUUGUUUAGUAUGGAUAUCGUUGAGAGCUCGUCAUCAAUGUUAUUUACCAACAAGAAAAAUGGUAGGUACCUAGCAAAGGCUUACCUGUCUGAGUUGUUGUCUGGGUGA